UAUAUUGCAACAUACCUUUCUUCUCAUGUAAACCUGUCUUUUUUCUCACCACGUUUAGCAUAUCCUUUACCUCCUUAACCUCCUUAACGACCAAGGAAUUCAUCCUCUACUUAUUACCAAACUUCACAACAAAAGUUAGAAAUUAAAUCAUGGGAGCUGAUUGGGGACCAGUAAUUGUUGCUGUUGCUUUGUUCAUUGUCUUGUCACCAGGGUUGCUCUUCCAGUUUCCAGCAAGGAAUAGAGUUGUUGAAUUUGGUAACAUGAGUACUAGUGGAAUUUCCAUUUUGAUUCAUGCUAUUAUAUAUUUUUGUAUUCUUACCAUCUUAAUUGUUGCAAUUGGUAUUCAUGUACACUUUAACUGAAUCCAGAUUUUCAUUUAAAGAAAAAAAAUUGAAUUAAGUUUUGUUUGUUAGACAUGACAAACAUGCCAUAAGUAUGUUUGUGUUUUCAUUUUUGUUGUUUCUAUUUUGGUGUUUUUGUUUUAAAUUUAAGGUUUCUUACCUCGGUUUCUUCAAGGAUGAUGUAACAAUGUUGAUUUAUUGUUCAAAAUGGAAAAGGAAAUUUAACUAUAAGAAUUUUAUA